AUGCAGGCUCAGGAAGAGACAGGAGUGCAGGCGGCAUAUCAUGAUGCGUGCAUUGGGCCAGUAGCCGGCCAAAGUGUGGGCAAGGAUGCUCAUGUUGCAUGUGAGACACUCAUUGGGAGUGUCCUCGACUUCAAAGUUGAUGAGAGUGGCAUGAAGAAUGUGGAUGACCUGUGGCAUGGCAAGUGCGGUGGCACUUUACCUACAAAGAAAUUUGUCACUGAGCAGCAGAUAGUGGGUUUCACGGUUGACCAGAAUGUGAAAGGCUGGACAGUGUUGGUUCAGGUUGUUGAGCGCAACAACAUAUUUACCAGUCAAAAGGAUGCAUUCAUUUCUUACCGUCGAUUUCAGUUCGUGGACUCUGAGGGCACGGAAGUUGCGACAGUAGCAUAUAACAAUAAUAUUAGGGAAUCUUCGCCUAUGCUGCAGCUCUAUAAGAGGUACUAUGUUUCUGGGGCUGCAUUAAAGAUGGCAGACCCGAAAUACAUGGUCGGCUCUUAUCCGUUCUCAUGGACAAUCACCAACCGCACUUUGAUUCAACCUUGUGAGGAUAAGCUGCCGGAACACCUUGACUGCCAGAUUCAGUGUGAGGAGUUUGGUAAUUUGCAUAAAUUUGUGGACACCGAACAUCUGCAGAAUUUUCAGGGUAUGGUGGCACUUGUUUUUGAGAUGAAAGAUGUUGGAGUGGACGCAGUGAACAUGGACAUUGUCUUGGUCAAUCAAGAGAUGGUGCCAAUGAUACUUACUCUAUGGAAUGGCUUUGGUGAGAUCGAAGGGUCACAGCUAGCUCAAACCAUCAACGCGGGAAAUGUUGUUGUAGCUAUGCGGGUGAAAGUCACUACGUUCCAUGCUCUUUCGUUGUCCACUAGAACAGCCAGCUCUAUUCUCAUCAAUCCACCGACGCCCGAUGCUGCUGCUCUAAAACACUGGUACUUGCAAAACAAGGAAGUUGUGUCGGAGCUCAUUGCAACUGAGGCAUACAAGAACCCUGUAAUUUUGCUCCCGCCACCAAAAUCUGAGGACAUCAAGACCAUUGCCACACUUCUGAGCCCCAAUAACGGGGUUCAUACUGCAUGGAUACAAGGAUCAGUUGCUAUGGGUCAUGUAGACCAGCAACUGUGGUUUGGCGCAUGCAUGCUCUGCCUAAAAAAAUUCGACCCGCCCGUGGACUCUGAAAUUAGGUGCAGCUCUUGCAACAAGGACAACCAGAUAGUAGCGAGGGCCAGGAUUCCAAUAACCAUUGAAGAUGUGACUGGCACCAUUGCAGCUGUUGUCUAUGGCGAAGACGGUGAAAAGCUCAUCAGCCACACUGCUGCACAACUUGAGGAUGCGGAUGCACAGGGUGUGGAUUUGUUGGAGAAGUCACGGGCCGAGAUAAAGGGAACUCAUGGUGUGGCUUUUGUCCGGUCUUAUCAGGCAAAUGGCACAGCCUACGCCGUGGUUAAGCUAUACGUGGAUGCUGAAUUGGCAGACUACAUACUUCCAGUUUCGGAUGAGUGCAUAACUCAGGAAUCACCCCUUAGAACUGAGGCUGAAGAAGAGACAAAAGUACAGGUGCAUAUUGAGGCAGCACCUGUUGGACCUAUGGGCACAGGCGCUGAUCUUGCAUGUGACUUGCUCACUGGGCGUCACGUCGACUUCAAAGGUGAUGAGAAUGGAAUGAAGGAUGCUGGUUAUCUGCAGCACAGCGAGGGCAGCGGCACCUGUCCUACCAAAAAAGUUGUGACCGAGCAGCAGACAGUGGGUGGCCCAGUCAAGAGGACACACACAAAGAAGUGA